CCCAAAGGCGCCCACGCGCUCAUCCCCUGCGCCUGUGCAUUUUCUUUUUCCGUUUCCGUCUCCUUCAGGGAACCUUCGAUGGUUGCUGUGCAACAUUUGGGAGAUGCUUGGGGUUAGGGCUGCUGUGGCGGAUGGGACGGAAGAACGGAGCCGCCAGGGUCCCUACUCUCUGGACAAGAGGCUGGGAUUGCUGGCGGUCGUGAAGUGGAAGAGGGAGGUGACUUGUACAAAUAAAAUCCACUCUUCCUCCGCUGAAGUGCUCUGGGACCAGGAGGCUUGCCUGCCUCUGCUUCUUAUUGGAGUCGGCCAGUGGGAACAUUAGCAGGAGACCAGAGGGAGGGAGGAGAAUGGUGGCAUCCCUUAGCUGCAGGCUAACCUAUGCAGCAGCCUUCUCCACUCAGCCAUCUCAGCCACAGGAUUCUGGACUGACAGUGAGAAUUAACAUUUGGAUUCAAGAUGAGCUUCCUCUUGCCCAAGCUGACUAGCAAAAAAGAAGUGGACCAGGCAAUAAAAAGUACUGCAGAGAAGGUGUUGGUUCUCAGGUUUGGGAGAGAUGAGGAUCCUGUCUGUCUGCAGCUAGAUGAUAUUCUUUCUAAGACCUCUUCUGACUUGAGUAAAAUGGCCUCUAUAUACUUGGUAGAUGUGGACCAAACUCCAGUUUAUACACACUAUUUUGACAUCAGUUACAUUCCAUCUACUGUGUUUUUCUUCAAUGGGCAGCAUAUGAAAGUGGAUUAUGGGUCUCCAGAUCACACUAAGUUUGUGGGAAGUUUCAAAACCAAACAAGACUUCAUAGAUUUGAUUGAAGUAAUUUAUCGAGGAGCAAUGAGGGGAAAACUUAUUGUCCAAAGUCCUAUUGAUCCCAAGAAUGUUCCCAAAUAUGACCUUCUCUAUCAAGACAUUUAGUACAGUCACCCUGAUCAGACUUGGAGAGAGAGGCCCAUCUUGAAGCAGUACCUGAGUCCAGCUCUGCUGCUCUGGAGGCUCUGGAGUCCUUGAGGAACGCGGUCAGCAUCCCAGUGGAGAAGAGCUGUGACUGUUCCAGAAAAUACCUCCCCAAGUAGCAGACCACGCAGGCCCCGUGGUGCUCAGGGUGCCUAAGUGUGACUCCCCAAGAACCCAGAGCAGUCAAGUCAACUGCUCCAUUUCCCCAGUGUGUUUUUUUAUAUUUCUCCUUAUAUUGUGCUUUUUCUUUAUUCCUUGAAAUAAUAUAGAAUUCUUCUUAACACUGGCUAGUACAAUUUAACUAUGUUUAUUUGACACACAAGUAAAUAGUUCCCAUAAGAGCAAAAAGACUUUCUACCCUGAAUGUAUGUACACACACCCCCUCACCUUCACCCUUGCCUAUUAUCCAGUCCUUGUUAUUCCAGUUUCUCUUAGAAUACAUAAUUCUCUACUGAUAGUGGACAAGUUUGUUUUAUUUUGGAGCCUUACUAGCUAGAUUUGUAGAACAGUGUCCUUGUUUGCUCAUUUUACUAGCUUUUAUGUUAUUUUAUGUUAAAUUUCCUAAGAAAUGAGAACUUGAGCCUUUACUGUCCAGCACCCAAUUUGAGCAAAAUAGUUGACACCCCUUAGUAAACAGGAACAGCUCUCUCCCAGAAGUCAGAGUUGCACCCCUUUUUGAGGCAGAAAAUUGUACUUCAAGGAUUCAACUGGAAAGAGAUGUCAGAACUAUCAGGAAGAAAUAUCAUUUUUCUGGUAUUUGCCUGUUUUAAUAACGUUAGGAAGAACUGCUGCUCUUCCAGUGUCUGCUGGCAAAACCUGCCACCACUGGGCAAGUCACUGCCUCUCUCAAAACCUCAUGGACACUACUGGUACUGACUUUCCAGAGUGAGAGAACAGACGCAGGGCCAGAGGGCCGUGUGCCAGGCAGCAUUCGACCUCCUGGGCAGCCGUCGGCCUCCUGGCCCACAGAGGCCCCGUCUCCACACUGUCACUGCAAGUGUGUCCCCCUGGCCAGGUGCUUCUCCUCCAAGCCAUGUCUGCAGGGAGAGGUGGCCACACGACCUGGUUCCAACGAAGGUGGCAUAGAAGGAAGGCUGCUGGGUGCUUUUGUGUCCUGCACUGAUGGAAGGAGAGAGCCACUCCAGGAAUAAGACAAAGCAAGGCCCUUCACCACCACCUCCACCUUCUCCUCUCCCCCACUUCCACGCACAGACCUCACCGCAGCCAGCGCUGGAUGAGAAGUGAAUGUGCUGAGAACAAUAAAGAGCCUGGGCCCCAGGGAUGGUUUUGAGCUGCUGAGUGAACUCUAGGCCUGCCUCCCCCAGACUUCUAUGAAAGAAUAAAACACCUUCACUCCUGUCA